AGGUAAUUUCUUAUCUAUAUGUCUGUGGUCACAUUGUCAUUUGUCUAAAUUGUCACAACUCCCAACACUACAACUACUGAACUACAGUAUUUAUGUCUAUGAGUCCCAAACUCACUAACACCUGAACGUUUUAUUUCAAAUUUUGUUCAAUCAUUAUUAUUUUAAAACCGCUAGUAAAUAAUUAUUCAACUAUCGAAUUGUGGAGUGCAGUAGCAGUGUGGAUUACAAACUAUACAAUUUGUAUUACAAUGGACGUUAACAAGGUUUUUUUAGGUUCACAACACAAACUGAUCAGUGAAAGCAACUUAAAAUGUAACAUAGAUGAUGUCAACCAACUAAUAUCCAUCAAAAAACAUAUAUUAGAACAACCACGUAUUGAAAAAUGUGCAUCACUAGCUGAAGCUGAGUGGAAUGACAAUUUGAAAUUAGCAAAACUAACAAAAGUUACAAAAAAUCUUACCAAAAAUUUUUCUCAUUCUUUGAAUAAGUCAUUGUAUUUAUACCCAGAAGAAUGUUUGUGUUUGCUAGAAAUGAAAUGUUUGUUACUUAAAUGGAAUGGAAAAAAACUGUCGAUUAAAAAUGCAUUUUCUUUAUUAUUGGCUGCAGGAAGUGGUUGUACAUUUGAACAAUGUAGAACCUAUGGUUAUUUGGUUAAGUUAGGAUUUCGGGUCUUUAAACAUGACAACAAGUUAAAAAAUAAUACAUAUGAUUCCAAAGAUAUAUUAAAACUUCCAGACGUGUCAACUAAAAGAAAAAAAAAGAAUACAAAUUAUAGAUCCAUACAGACUGAAAAUUAUCCUAAAGUUAUCAAAAAAAUACUUUCUCCUAAACUCAAAACUCAUAGUGAGAUAAUAUUUACUCCACAAUCACACUAUCUGCCACAAAACGUACAACCGUUUUAUGAUGUUUAUUCAUAUAAUCUAGCUGUAAUUUCUGGCAGUACUAAAAUAGUUGAUUUUAAGAAUUUUGAAGAAAAAACCGGUUUAGAAAAUUUGAAAAAAGAAAGCAUAGUGUACGAAUUACAGCCUAUUGGAAUAAAUCCUGAAUACGAACAAAAUAUUCCCCAAACUAUAAUGUCCAAUGAAAAAAAUAUUUAUGAGCCUAGAGGUAAAAAAUUGAAAUUAGCAGUAAGUGAAAAAGAUCAUUCAGUUAAAACUUUGAAUAUGACAACUUCAACUUCAAUGAAUGAUACAAAUUUGAGCGCAUUUAGUAGUAUAAAAAAUUUGACCACGAUUCAAGACCGUGAAGAUUCAAAAACUAACAAAAUUAUGGAAAUUAAUUCUUCAGUCAGCUUGAGUACUGGAAAUAACUUUUCUGUAUCUAAUAACAAAAUUAGUUUUACUGAUAAAUUGCUUGUUGGUAAAAACGAUGAAAAUAAUCAAAAUAUUAAUGAUGAAUUAGCAACACAAAAUGUAAAUUUGAGCAGAGAUAAAAAAAAUGAAUCUAACAGCAAACUACUAGAAUCUACACUAUCUGAUGCUAUUCCCGAAGAAGAACUGCUGAACAUGCAUUUAAACGUACCAAGUCACAUUAGGCAGAAAUUAUUGGCGAUAAAACCAUUAACUCAUCAUAAAGAGUCAACAAAAAGUACCAAUAAUAAGCACUAUGUACAUUAUGAUGUUUACUAUCCAGAUAACGAUGUUCCAAAAACAUUAAGACCUGCACCAGACUUUAGAGUUAUUGUUUUCGAAGAUGAUUUGGAACACUUUCCAAAUAUUUACGACAUCAAUAUUUCAAAUCCUAAUGACAAUAUACCUACAUUGUGGGCCAUUGUAAAUUCAAGUUCAGUUUCAUUUUUCAGUGUGGAUAGUAUAAUUCUACCGAAAACUGUAGACUGGGAUAAAAAAGGUGAUUGA